AAACCAAAGCAUAUAGCUAGCACAAAACUGUAGUCUAUAAUCUAUAGUUGUCUAUUGUCUUCAAUUCAAUGGAUUCUUCCUUCUUUCAUCAAUACCAAACUUCAGGAUUCUCACCUGAAGCCUCGCCAUUCGAUUCACUGGAGUGUUUUUCUACAUGGGAUGAGCCUCUUUUCGACCACAAUUCACUUCCGUUCAACACAAUUGACUCAGAGGAGAUGAUACUAUUUGAUAUGCUAGCUGAGGGAGCUAGAGACUCGUCGGAAACGGCAUCAUCCGCAGGAAUAGUUAAGGAGGAUGAGGUGAGUUCCAAUGCCAAAGAGGCAACACCUAAGAAUGAAAAGUUAUAUAGAGGUGUUAGGAGGCGGCCUUGGGGGAAGUUUGCGGCGGAGAUAAGGGACUCGACCAGGCAUGGCAGAAGGGUGUGGCUUGGUACAUUUGAUACUGCUGAGGCUGCUGCUUUAGCAUAUGAUCAAGCAGCAUUUGCCAUGAGGGGGCCAAGGGCUGUCCUCAAUUUUUCGGAGGAACGGGUGAAGGAGUCGCUAAGGGACAUCAAGUGUGGCUGGAAAGAUGGGGGCUCCCCGUUGGUGGCUAUGAAGAGGAAGCAUUUAAUGAGGAGAAAAUUAGCCUGCGGGGAAAAGAAAAAGGAGAAAGAGGCAAGGGAACAGCAUGUUGUAGUGUUGGAGGAUUUAGGAGCUGAUUAUUUGGAUCAACUCUUGUGUUCAUCACAGAGCUGUUGAUUCUUAGUAAUCAUCAAGAAUCCUAUACUUUUCAAAGUCUUCUAUAUAUGUUCUUAAUUUCUCUUUCUUUUCUUUUGGUUCAGUUCUUCUUUUGUGUGUUCAAGAAUACUUUCAAGAGCUAAAAGCAUCCUCUUCUUGUUGAAAUGUAAUGCCUUCUUCAAUUAUAUAAUCAA